AUGAUCUUUUGGGAGUGUGCCUCCCAGCCUCCCGGAGCGCACACCGGCGGCGGCUUCUCCUCGGACAGCAGCAGCAGCAGCAGCAGCAGCAUGGUGCCGACAGAAACUGUCAACUGCACUGCGAUGCGAGUGCGAGGAGGGAUGCGCUACACAGUCCCUGAGGUCCCUGGAGAGAAGUGCAGCUACCAUUGGGAAGAUAAGAAUAUGACUCACCUGGCAUACAACCAUCCAGUGGCAGCUCCUACAGUGGUGUCACACAGCGACUCACCACUGGUGACCGACCCCUGCUACCAAUUCAUACGAUAUAUUCGGUAUUGUGGAGGAAAGCCGCCGACCACAGCCGUAUGCACUUCCGACUGCGUUGACAACCCAGAUCAUGGAUGGAUCAUCGCACUGGUGCUGGGGCUGGUGCUGGUUCUUUUGGCUCUGGGGCUUGGCAUCUACUUGUAUCGUAAAUACAGAAACGGUGAAAUGGGGAGAAAUGAGCAGCAGCCAGGAAACAAUGGCAGACCAAGUUCAGCUCAAAACGGUGGAUGCCGUCACUUUGCUGGACGGGAGGGUGACGAGGAGCAGGCUGAAGCACAAACCCUGUGCAACGGCAACGUUGUGUGAUGGAGCCGAAGCCAUGGCUGAGCUCCGAGGAUCAAGUCUUCCGACAGCUGCUCAGCUACUGCCUUCAUCACCUCGAAGAACCAGCUAAUGCUAACCUGCCUUAGAACAAUCCUUAGCUCCGCCUGCCUUUGUCGCUCACAUGACCUCGGACCACGUGCCUUAACUGACCCCGAGGGUUCGGUGCCAGUACUGUUGUUACAUGAGCUGCACAGAUCGCAACAUUCCUGACUUCCUCUGGUGCUAGCCCGCGAGCUAGUGCUGCCCACAGAUGAGCCACGUUGUAAAAGCACUGAGGCAGCGCACACCUCUGCCGUCUGACUACAACGACACAGCAAUCCACAGAACAACUUCCAGAUUUGCAACUCGCCAACCUGUUGUGCUCGUCCUUCAGCUGCGCAGCAUUAGGUUUAGAGGCAAAGUUUUCUUAAACAUACAAUUAUGAAAUCCGAGUUUAGGAGCACUCAAAUUUUGUAUUACUUACUGGAGUAGCAUGUAUUUAAAAUGAUAUUUCAUCAGGAGUCAAACCUGUGAUUAGAAUCACAUUAAAAAUCGCACUUGUGCCUCGAGGCUGGGAAAUCAAGUCUUACACAAGCUGCGUAUAAUCACUUCCAAAUCAGCAUUCCGAACACAAUCGUCGCAGUUUUGACCAUCAACCUCUCUGUGGAAGCUUUGUCAGAACAAACACACACAGAAAGAAAGAUACACAUUACAUUUUACACACUAAUGCAAUAUUAUUUGUCAAUAUCAGGGUUCUCACCAGGAUUCUUUCCAGUCUGCGAGUUCUGGGGGGCUACACAUUUUUAAAUCUAUUGCUCUUGUCAGCACAAUAUCCUGCUUUUCAACGUCACAUUUUGUGCUUAUAAUUGAAAAAAAACGUUCAACCAACAAAGAAGAGCACGCGCCAGCAAGGCGCUCGUGCUACAUUAGCAUUAGGGAAAUAUUUGGACCAGAUUCAGUGUCGCAGUGUAGAAGUGGAUAUUUUAUGAUAUAAAUACUGUAGUCACUUCAUGAAGCAGUUAAAUGAAGAGUAUUUUUUUCGGUUUAGCGAUGCUGUAGCCAAAUGGGCCUUAAAGCGGGAUCCUGUUUUCAUCCAGCGCUGUGCAUUUAAAAUUCUCCAUCAGUUGGAGGUCGUGCUCUGACGUCACACGUGCUUUGCCAUAAUCCAGAAACGCACCAUUCAAACUUCAUCACUGUUUACACACUGCCUGUACUCUCCUUCUCUGCGUUGCCAAAUAAACGUUGUGCUUUAUUGAAAAGGGCUUCAUGAUUUCUUCCCUUGGAUUCGACAGCAGCAGACGCGGUGGAGAUUUUUAAUCUCAUUUUUACCUGGGAUUAUUGCUCUCAUUUAAUGUAAAACUGAGAAUUGUGACAUCAAAGUGAGAUUAAAAAAAGCCUGGCCUCAACACUCACAACACGCUUCCACAAAUCUGUGACCAAAAUGGAGAACGUGAUCAAGUCACCGAG